CUCUCUCUUGCUCUGCUUUUAAGCUUUUUUACUAUCUAUGUCAUCCGGAUUUUUUGAUCUACUGCUUCUCACUGAUGAUGAUCUUUUUCGUCUCUGUUUGGGUGACUCUGAGCGUUACAGUUUGAACAAGUUCCUUCAGUGAAGAUCGCUCUUCAAGGAAAGAGAACAAGGAAGGAAGUGUUGGAAUUUUUCGAUGGUUUGCGAAAAAAUGAGGAGUGGUUGUUGAAGAAGAUCCAAGUGUUUUGCUUGUUUUUUCCCUUUUUUUCUUCUUUUUUUUUCUGGGGUUUUCGAUUUGAGAUGGGCGGGUGCUUUCCAUGCUUUGGAUCGCCGAAUAAGGAAGAAAGUAACGGUGUAAUUGAAGUUUCGAAGCAAGAUUCUGUAAAAGAGGGUUCAGCCUCAACUGCUCAAUCUCAUCAUCUGAGCAGAGUCAGUUCUGUAGCAGAAAAAUCAAGAUCUCGGAGUGGUUCUGAAUCUAAGAAGGAAACCUCAAUUCCUAAAGAUGGCCCAACUGCUCAUAUUGCUGCACAGACUUUCACCUUUCGAGAGCUUGCUGCUGCCACAAAGAACUUUAGGCAAGAUUGUCUUUUGGGUGAAGGAGGAUUUGGGCGAGUAUAUAAGGGUCGAUUGGAAAGCACUGGACAGGUAGUUGCUGUGAAACAGCUAGACAGGAAUGGCCUUCAGGGGAACAGAGAAUUUCUGGUGGAGGUUCUCAUGCUUAGCCUCUUGCAUCAUCCUAACCUUGUGAAUUUGAUUGGCUAUUGUGCCGAUGGAGACCAACGCCUCCUUGUUUAUGAGUUUUUGCCGUUAGGAUCAUUGGAGGAUCAUUUACAUGAUCUUCCUCCAGACAAGGAGCCUUUAGACUGGAAUACAAGGAUGAGGAUUGCAGCUGGUGCAGCCAAGGGUUUGGAGUAUCUACAUGAUAAAGCAAACCCCCCUGUCAUUUACAGGGAUUUCAAGUCAUCUAACAUCCUUCUUGAUGAAGGUUUUCACCCGAAGUUGUCAGAUUUUGGGCUUGCAAAGCUGGGUCCUGUUGGAGACAAGACUCAUGUUUCCACACGAGUUAUGGGAACUUAUGGCUAUUGUGCUCCUGAGUAUGCUAUGACAGGUCAACUCACUUUGAAAUCUGAUGUUUACAGUUUUGGUGUAGUCUUCCUUGAAUUGAUCACAGGGCGCAAGGCAAUAGACAACACUAGAGCUCCUGGAGAACACAAUCUUGUUGCAUGGGCACGACCGCUUUUCAAGGACCGUAGGAAGUUUCCCAAAAUGGCUGACCCUUUAUUGCAAGGCCGUUAUCCAAUGAGGGGACUUUACCAAGCUCUUGCUGUUGCAGCCAUGUGUUUGCAGGAGCAAGCUGCUACACGGCCUCUAAUAGGAGAUGUCGUGACUGCUCUGACAUAUUUAGCUUCCCAAACAUAUGAUCCGAAUGCCGCUUCUGCCAGUAGCAGAGUUGGUCCAUCUACUCCCAGGCACAGGGACGACCGAAAGACCAUGGGCGGCGGGUCUGACAGCCUAGAUGAAGCUGGACGUUUUGGUCGACAUUCUCACUCACCCCAUCAGAAUUCUCCUGACAGGAGACACAGAGACCCUGUUCGGGGAGUAAGCUUAGGGGCAGAGACUGGAACGGGUGAACCCAGUGGUGGGUCUGGAAGGAAGUGGGGCUUAGAUGAAUUGGAAAGGCAGGAAGUUCAGAGGGAUAGCCCUGUUCAUGCAAGGGAAACACCAAGGAAUUUCAACCGAGAUUUUGAUAGAGAACGUGCAGUUGCAGAGGCAAAAGUAUGGGGUGAGAAUUGGAGAGAGAGAAAGCGAGCAAAUGCCAUGGGUAGCUUUAAUGGUACAAAUGAGCAACCAUGAGGUAAUCUCAAGCCUACAGGUUGCUUUGGUGAAUCAUUCUGAAGAAAGAACAGGGAAAAGAAGUGCUUACAAGCCACCAUAUCUUCUAUCAGGGCUUCCAUCUUUCCCAUGGAAUAAGGGUAUGCUUGUCCAACUUGAUUGUUGCAGCUCUCCCUAUGUAGCCAUCAGAUUUCAAAGUGAGUUGGCCUGUGAUUAAAAGACAAUCUGGAAGAGGGAAAGUAAAUUUUUGUGGGCAUGUGCAGCAUAGGAUUUUGAGAUGUGCAACUUUGUUGGACUUUGCAAAUGUAUGGACUUCUCAAGGCUCAGGGUACAAAAGGAAGCUUGAAAGAGUAUGUAUUAAAUUUGCGCAGUUAUUCUGUAAAGGGUAGAGGGGGUUAUGGGUUUUGUUUUGGGUUUCUCAUUUUUCUGGACGUCAGAGUCAUUUUAUAGGUUUAUACAAAAGGUUUCA